AUGAUUUUGGAUCGAUUUAGUACUGCGGUGCAGCGAAUCCGGAGGAGCUCGGUGUUGCGACGGAGGUCAACUAGAAAAUAUUCUACCAGUCAGAAAGAGUCAUUCUGGGAAGCCGUCCCAAGCAAUAUAUUAAUCCGGAUUCUGGCGCAAUGCGAAUUGAGCGACAUCUACGCCCUGAAUCUGGUCUGUCGCGUGCUGCGCCGGCGCAUCUAUCAACAUGAACCCGCCAUUGCGCAGGAAUAUCUUUUCCGUCGAUUACACCAGCAUUAUCCGGCAUUUUUAUCACCUGGUGAGAACCUAACAUUCAUAUACAACCUAUUUCCCCCACCGCCACCACAUUAUCCUGCCGCCGAUGGCAGCUCAGAAGACAAUCUCCCCGAGUAUUCAUUCUGCUACUUGACCGACUUAACUCGAUGCUGGAAAACCUGCAUCAGGCUAUCAUUCUACCUCGCCGAAUCGGUAGUCCAACACCACCUCGGAACUGACGCCACACUCCGUGAUGUAUCGGAACAAGAAGCCAUCUACAGCAAGGCCGUAUGCCAGCUUCAAGACAAGCUACUGCAACCAAUAGCAUAUCUAAUAUUUUUCCUCGAAUUUGACGCAACAACAACAUCGUCUAAUGAAUCGCAACAAUCGAUCCUCCAGCAACCGCCGUUCACAGAUACCCAGGUCCUCAUCUCCACCCACCACUGCAUGACCCUCCUCUGCAACUAUCUCCGCCGCCUAAUGGCGCCUGAUAUUCAAUACCCCUCUACAGAACCCUGGCUCCGACUCCUCCUUACCACAUCAACGCUGGAGCGAACACUCAAUUUCUUCGCAGCCGCAGCAACAUCAACAACAUGCGAAUACAACGAGAAAAAAGAAAAGCUCAACAGGUUAUCUGACGCUACGUGGACACCCCGGAUGGAAUUCAUCUGGCAAAUGCGGAGCGACUGGGAACAAAUAUUAUCGGCAACAAAAGAAUCUAUUUACGACCCCGAAACUAAGAACGAAGCCAUUAGGGUUCUGAGCACAGCUGGCGUGGAGGAUGUUUGGUUCGAGGCUGCGAGGAGGGAAUUGGAUCGCAGGGGUUUGAUCCCACAUGCUUGUGAGGAAGGGGUCCCGGUUCUCCACGAAGCGACUACCAGGCCAAGGUGCGAGUUCUGCGAAUAG